CCGGGAGGGAGGGGCGGUGGAUGCGUUGCCAUGGGGACGGGAUGCAGCCGCGGAGGAUGUGGCAGCCGGGGCUCCCCUGGGCUCUGGCCCUGCUGGUCACCGCGGCCGCCUCCGGCCCCUCGGCGGAGCCCGCGGACCCCGCGUCCAUCUUCGCCGACCUGUCCGCGGCGGAGCUGCGGGCCGUGCGCGCCUUCCUGAUGGAGCGGCCGGAGCUGGGGCUGUCCCCGAGCGGGGGGGGGCCGCUGGCCAAGAACUCGCUGUUCCUGGUGGAGCUGCUGCCGCCGCCCAAGCGCUCGGCGCUGCGGUUCCUGGAGCACGGCGGGGCGCGGCCGCGGCGCGAGGCCCGGGCCGUGCUCUUCUUCGGGGCGCAGGCGGAGCCCAACGUGACCGAGCUGGCCGUGGGGCCGCUGCCGCGCCCCAGCUCCUACCGGGCGCUGCCGUCGCGGGGCGGCCGCGCCGUGCCCUUCUGGGCGCGCCCCAUGACCCGCCUGGAGUACGAGCUGCUGCACCGGGCGCUGGUGGCCGCGCUGGCCCCGCUGGAGCCGCUGCUGCGCGAGGCCACCGGCUUCGGCUUCCAGAACUGCUCGGAGCGCUGCCUGACCUUCUCGGACGUGGCCCCGCGCGGGCUGGGCCCCGGCGAGCGCCGCACGUGGCUGGUGAUCCAGCGCUUCGUCGAGGGCUUCUUCCUGCACCCCGCGGGGCUGGAGGUGCUGCUGGACCACCGGGACCGCGACCCGCGGCGCUGGGCCGUGCUGCGGCUCUGGUACAACGGGCGCUACUUCGGCAGCGUGCGGGAGCUGGCCGAGAGCCACGCGCGGGGCGCGCUGCCCCUGGCCCGCCUGCCCGAGCCCCCCGCCCGCCAGCUCUUCUCCAGCUACGAGCCCCGCGGGCGCUUCCCCGGCGGGACGCCCGCCGACGACGCGCACGGCGCCAAGGUGUGCGAGCCGCAGGGCCGGCGCUACCGGCUGCGCGGCAACCGGCUGGAGUACGGCGGCUGGAGCCUGGCCUUCCGCCUGCGCUCCUCGGCCGGCCUGCAGCUCUUCGACGUGCGCUUCGACGGCGAGCGCGUGGCCUACGAGCUGAGCGUGCAGGAGGCCAUCGCCUUCUACGGCGGCCACUCGCCCGCCGCCAUGCAGACCAAGUACAUGGACGCGGGCUGGGCCAUGGGCGCCUCCAGCUACGAGCUGGCCCGCGGCGUGGACUGCCCCGAGACCGCGACCUUCCUGGACGCCCACCACCUGCUGGACGCCGACGGGCCCGUGCGCUUCCGCCGCGCCCUGUGCGUGUUCGAGCUGCCCACGGGCGUGCCCCUGCGCCGCCACUUCGACAGCGACUUCCAGGGCGGCUUCCACUUCUACGCGGGGCUGGAGGGGCGGGCGCUGGUGCUCAGGACCACCUCCACCGUCUACAACUACGACUACAUCUGGGACUUCCUGCUCUACCCCAACGGCGUGCUGGAGAGCAAGGUGCACGCCACCGGCUACAUCCACGCCACCUUCUACACGCCCCAGGGCCGGCGCUACGGCAGCCGCGUGCACAGCCACCUCCUGGGCAACAUCCACACGCACCUGGUGCACUACAAGGUGGACCUGGAUGUCGCAGGCUCCGGGAACAGCUUCGAGACGAUGGACAUCCGCUUCGAGAACAUCUCGAGCCCCUGGAGCGCGGGGGCGCGCGUGGUGCAGCCGUGGCUGCACCGGGAGCCGCGGCGGCGGGAGCGCGAGGCCGCGCUGCCGCUGCACCGGCCCGCGCCGCGCUACCUGCUCUUCUCCAACCCGCGCCGGCGGAACCGCUGGGGCCACCGCCGCACCUUCCGCCUGCAGCUCAGCUCGCACGCCGGGCCCGUGCUGCCCCGCGGCUGGCAGGAGGAGCGCGGCGUCACCUGGGCCAGGUACCACCUGGCCGUGACGCGGCGCCACGAGAACGAGCCGAGCAGCAGCAGCAUCUACACCCAGAACAACCCCUGGGACCCGCCGGUCACCUUCGAGAGCUUCAUCCGCGACAACGAGACCAUCGAGGACCAGGACCUGGUGGCCUGGGUGACCGUGGGCUUCCUGCACGUGCCCCACGCCGAGGACAUCCCCAACACGGCCACCCCCGGCAACGCCGUCGGCUUCUUCCUGCGCCCCUUCAACUUCUUCAGCGAGGACCCGUCGGUGGCGUCGCGGGCGCCGGUGAUCGUGCGGCCCCUGGACCCGCCCGCCUGCUCCCGCCUGCACAUCCAGCGCUGGACCCCGGCCAGCCCCGGGCCCUGCGUGGACCCCGAGCCCUUCACCUACAACGGCACCUACCGCGAGGUGUGACAGGGACAGGGGACACCGCCCGGGGCCGGGCCCUUCACCUACAACCUGUGCACCGCAAGCCCUUCACCUACAAUGGCACCUACUGCCCGGUGUGACAGGGACAGGGGACACCGGCCAGCCCCGAGCCCUUCACCCACAACGGCACCUACUGCCCGGUGUGACAGGGACAGGGGACACCGGCAGGGCCGAGGGACAGAGGCAGCACAGGCGGUGUCACCUCCCCAGCCCUGGCACCACGGGGACGUGAUGCCACCGGGACAUGUCACACCGUGUCACACAGUGCCACGGGCCAGGCCCAGCACAGGCGGUGUCACCUCCUCUGAGCCCGGCACCGUGUGGCACCCCAGUGACACUGGGACACUGCGGUGCGGGAUGUGUCACACGGUGCCACCUGUCAGGAUCGGCAAAGGCCAUGCCAACCCUUCCACCACCAUGCGGGUCAUUGGUGCCACCAGGACACCGGGCUGUGGGACAGUGUGUCACACAUAAUGUCACACAGUGCCAGUAAAGGCAAUGUCACCUCCUCUGUUGGCACUGGCACCGUGAGGACACUGGUGCCACAAGGACACCAUGGCACGGCUCACGACACACGGUACCACCUGUCGGGCCCAGCAAAGGUGAUGCCACCCCUUCUGCCACCACAGGGGACCCCAGUGUCACAGGGACACCACGGUGUGGGACAUGUCACACGAUGCCGUGUGCGUGCUGGGCUCAGUAAAGGCGACGUCACCUCCCCUGU